AGUUCAAUAAAAUCAUUCAAGCAGAAAGAAUAGUGAACUCGUGAAUUUUUGUGUUUUCUGAAAAAUAUCAAAGUUGACAGUUGACUUUUAGUUGAAGUCUCACUUCUCAGCAACAUAUCAAAACAUAACAGAAACAUAUGGUGUUGGUUUUCCUUUCUUGAAAUUUUCAAAAAAUAAUUAUCAUGGCAGAUUGGGAAGAAGUAAAGCGAUUGGCAGCUGAUUUUCAGAAAGUCCAGCUAAGCUCAACAACCCAAAAAUUAUCGGAGAGAAACUGCAUUGAAAUAGUAUCAUGGUUGCUGGAGAGGAAAAUGGUAGAUUUAAUCUUCACAAGCGAUGGAAAAGAAUACCUGACUCCUUCCCAACUCGUCAGUGAUAUCCGUGGAGAACUAUAUGAUAGUGGUGGCAGAGUGAACCUUGUAGAGUUAGCAAAGACCAUAGGGGUUGACUUGGCACACAUCAAUAAUCACAUGAACGAAGUUCUUAGAAGCAAUAAAGAGAUUCAGUCAAUAUUGGGGCAACUCAUUGAUAGUUCCUACAUAACACGAAUUGCUGGAGAAAUUAAUGAAAAGCUAUUACAACAAGGACAGAUUAAUGUAAGUGAUUUGACUAUACAGUAUGACCUACCAGCAGAUUUUUUGCAACAGCAAGUUAUUGAGAAGAAUUUGGGAAAAAUUAUUUUUGGAAAACAAGACAGAAAUGAUCCAAAGCUGUUCUUCACAGAAUCAUUCAUUGCCAGAAGUAAAGCCAAAAUCAGAGGUGCUCUUGCUGGUUUGACCAAACCCACUUCAGUUUCAUUGAUUCUUAGUCACAUUGACAUGAGUGAGAAGCUAUUGUUCUCUCUAUUUGAUCAAACUGCUAUGUAUGGUAGUUUAACUAGUAAACAGAGUGGAGCUCAGUAUGUGCCAAAUGUGUAUGCUCGAUCACAGAAUGAUUGGGUAAACCAAUUUUACAAGCAGAAUGGCUACCUAGAAUAUGAUGCUCUAACACGCCUUGGCAUAUCAGACCACAAAAACUACAUUAAAAAACAGCUGGCAAGUGAAGAAUACAAGACACUGAAUUCCCUCAUAGUAUCCAAAAAUAUACUAGAACGUAUGGAAGCUGACAUUGAAGAGUGCAUAUCCAGCAAAUCAUUCCUUGACAUGCAAAGCAAUUUGCCUUCAGUUUUCAAUCAAAAAGACAUAGAAAUGGUUUUAGAUUUGAUAUUGACAGGUCAAAGGCUAGCCCAAACGGUUGUGAUUGAUAGCCAUAUUAUCAGCAAAGCUUUUAUGGACAACCUUUCUGAUUCAUGUGGAAGCAUGUUGAAUGAGAAUGCAAAAGUAAUUGUUGAAUCUGGUAAAUAUCAGCAACAUCAGAUAAGUCUGCAAGCAGCAUGUCUGAGGUCUCAGAAAUCUGAGGAGGUGGAGGAAAAAGUUGACAAGCGGGAGGAGAGGAGAAAAAAGGCGGCAGGGGGAAAGAGUGGUGGGGGAACUCAAGGACGCGAGACCAAAACAAAGUCGACGAAAAAGGCCGGUAGAAGCGGAAACAGAAAUAACUCAGAAAGUGAACAGUUGGAGGAGUCUGCAAAGAAAUCUUCUCUGGAAAUCAUCAGUUUCAAUGAAAUUAGAGCUGCCCUACUAUCGGCGCUGGAAGAAGAAGGCAUUGAAGAUGACAUAAUUGAUGGCAUAGUGAGCCAUCUGCUGCCCAAGCUGAAUGAGAAGGGCCUGGAAAUAGCAUCCAACAUUUACUCUACCACGGUAGCUGAUAGAACGGCUACUCGUCGUCAGACCCACAACGAGCUGCAGAACAAGCUCAAUUUGCUCAUCGGCGAUGUCAGACUCUUCGAGAAAGGUCUGAAGCUCCUCCCUCAGGACUUGCAAGCCCAAUUGGUCAAGUACCUCUUGAAGACCUUGUGCACCGACGUGGUCAACGAAAUACUGAACUAUCUUGCUACUGAACUGAAUCUCAACGCGAUAGCGGAAAGUUUCAACGUCGAACAACGAUCGAAAUUCGUCAACGAUUUGCCAGCUGAGUACAGGAAUGCUCUCGCUCCGUUAGUGAAGAGUUUGGUGGGACAGAACAUCGAUGAUUUUCUGUCGGCCGUCGAUGCAGCACUGGCGUGCUGCAGCAUGAUUUUGAAGAAAAUUGACAAGAAGAAGGAUCGUACUACCGUGCUCAAUCACAAGCACCAAUUGCUUGAAGAAUUGAAUAGGUGCGAGGAUGUAGCACUGGUGCUUCAUUUAGCAAUACUGGCUAUUUUCACUUCAGCAACACAAUGCAUGUUGCAUUGCAGUGGAAGACAUGUUGCUGGGGUGCUGUCUUUUUUGAAACAGUAUUUGAGCGAAGAACAAGCUGAAGAGCUAACUUCAUACCAUGACUUUGUGACGUUGAUGCUGGGAGGUGGAAGUGAAGUGGAAAGCGCCAAGGAAAAAUUGAAGGAAAAAAUUCCCGCUGUCAAGAAUAUCGCCAACGAGUACAAAAAACCCGGAAUUGAGAAAUCCUGA